AUGACCGACUAUCACACCACCAACGGCUGGGCCCAGCAACAAGCUACCUUCUCACCCAUCGACUCCUCUUUCCAAUGGGGCUACACUGGCGUCCAGUCGCCAAAGAAUAUGGUCAGGCACUAUAAUGAUCUUCUCCAACGAGCGGCUGAUUUCUACGCCACCCUUGACAACUCAUUUGACAGUAUGUCUUCAUCAGGCUCAGAUAGCUCCUAUAGAUCAACACCUGAGCGACGAGUUUCAUCUACCACCAACGUGGUGGCCCAGGUGAAGAGUUCUAUUCCUGACAAGAUCGAGAGACGACGAGAACAAAACCGCUCUUCGCAGCGUGCAUAUCGCGAGCGCAAAGAGCGCCAUCAGAAGGAGCUCGAGGAGCAAAUUGCUCAAUGGCAACAAAGACACCAGCUCCUGUCGCGAUCAUACUCGCAGCAGACCGAAGAAAUCAACCGACUCAAGGCGCAAAUCGAGCAACUCAAUGGCGAAAUUUCUCAGCUCCAAUCUGGCUUACCUACUCUCUGUGGUUCACUCUGCCAAUCUCCCCAGGAGUUCGACUUGGUACCAUUCUUCAACCACGAUACUCCGAGCCCUCAGAGCACUCCCCGAUUGUCACCUUCUUGUCCAAUCAGACGUGGCUCCUGA